UUAUAUAUUGACACAGGUGUCUUUUAACGACGUAUUUUGAUUAUUAUAAUUUAGUUGUAAUUUAAUUGCGCACCUUUCCUCUUGGUCUUAACUGGAACUAAAAAUGGAAAAUAAAAUAAUAAUAUAUUUGUUGUAUUUUUCUAUUUGUGUUGUAACACUUAAUGCAGACGAAGAUUUAAGUGAAUAUUUAUUGAAUAAGCAGGCCAUUUCAUUAAUCACGGGUGAUAAUGAUUCAGGCGCAAGUAAAUCUAAUAAAAAUAACAACACAGAAGAUGGAACUAAAAAGAGUUAUCUAAAGUGUUCCAAAUAUAUUGGAAGUUUAUUAGCAUGCAUAUUGAUAAAUAAAGACUAUUCUACUGGAUGGAAGGUAGAUAUUGGUAACGUAGAGAUUCCCAACACACCGCCGAAGAAAUUUGAUAAUGAACAAGCACGGAAUACAAUUCCUGGUGCUAUAGGGGACUGGAUUGAAAAUAUUUUCAAAAUUAUAUUGUCAUAAUGUCUUACUUCCACGAUCCUUAAAAUAUGUGUUUAUUAUUGUCUAUAAACUCUUGCUUACGGGAAAGUAUAAUGUUAUUAAUAUAUGACUAAAAAUAAAUUAAA